UUAUUGGCACAAACACAAAAGUUUUGGCUAUACAAGUGUAUUUUGCCUUUUUAUUACAACCCCAGACUAGAAAAAAAAAAAAAAAACAAAUUAUAUAGAAAAACUGAAAAUAAUAGGAAACUGUACAGCUUUGUAGAAUUCCCAGUUCCCACCUCCAGUUGAAUGCUACCGGCGAUAAACGCUACGCAUACACACGUGUCACCAGUUGAUCGAGAAAGCCAGAAAGCAAAUGUUAAAAAUAAAAUACCCGUGGCCCCCACCUCCCUAGCUUUCCGGCGAGCUGGUUUAGGUUUAACGCAAUUCCAGGACAAGUAGCCAUUACUAAAAUAUAAAAACAGAAUUCAUCCAUACAAAAAAAAAAAAAAAAAAAAAAAAAAAAAAAAAAAAAAACUGAAACGAGACGGAAAAGCAAUAUAAAAUAAAAUUGCUAUUUUGUUUUUUUCUCUUUUCGUAUUUGUUUUCUCGAAUGUAAAAGGAAAAAACAAAAAAUUGCAUCGGUAAGAAAAGCUGGCAUGACCGACGCGUCAAGGUCCACGAUCCCACGUGGCGUAAAUCCAGCGGCUACCGACGCCAGGGAAAAAAUACUGCCUACGGAGUCUCCACCCUAACUUGCCCUGCACCCACCUCCUUCUUUCCUUCUCCCAGUUCCCAAUUCUCAUCACCAUCAUUCCCCUGAUUCUCUCCGUAGUCCCCUCUAUCUCUCUCUCUCUCGCUCGCUCGCUCGCAAAGCUCGGAUCUUAAGCGAGGCAGGCAGCGAAUCUAGUUUCCCUCUCCAUUCAUUUCUCUCACUAACUCUCUUCUGAGUUCUUCUCAUCAGCUCCUUUUCCCUCAGUGCACAGGCUUCUUUGGUUUUCUUACUCAAACAAGCAUUUCUCUUUUCACUUUUCAAUCUGUUUGUUUAAUUGGGUUCUCUCUCUCGAGCUCCCUUUGGAUCGCUUGAGCCAUCAGAUUCUGUCCCGGCUCUUGAUUCGAACCCGAUUCCCUCUGUCGAAUUUGCUUGCUUCUGUUCUGGGUCCCUGUACCAAUACUCACUGGGAGAGCUAGAGCUGAAAUUGGUGAUCUUCGGAGUGAUUUCUCGCAUUUCGGGAGGUGGGUUUUGCUAAACAGAGCUUGCUUUGGGUUUUGGGAUUUGUCUUUUUUUAUUGAUGAAUUUAUGGGCGAUUUGAAGAUUUUAACCAGACGCCGCCCUGCAAUCACCAGCCCUUUCGAGCAAAUGGACAAAGGCAAUGGCAAGAACCAGCAGAACCGUCUCUGCUUGUUGGCAUCCCUCUCUGCUUUCUUCUGGAUUCUCUUGCUCUACUUCCAUUUCGUCGUGUUGGGAGGCCGUACCGGUGGCGCCGAUGAAUCAUCGACGGUUAGAUUACAGUCCAAUCCGCCGGUGGUGGUCGAAUCCAGAAUCCCAGUUCCCGUCCCCGUCCGCGUAGUUGAAGAGCCUCCACGACCCAAAAUCGCCGCCGCCGAAGAAGAAGUUAUUACCCCUCAUGUCACUGAGCAGCAGCCCAAGACUUUCCCCUUCAUGAGAGCUCUGAGAACCGUACAGAACAAGACGGAUCGAUGCGGUGGGAGGUAUAUCUAUGUCCAUGAUCUGCCUUCUAGGUUCAACGAUGACAUGUUGAAGGAGUGCAGGAGUUUGAGUCUUUGGACCAAUAUGUGCAAGUUCACCACCAAUGCCGGCAUGGGCCCGCCAUUGGAGAAUGUGGAAGGUGUGUUCUCCAACACUGGGUGGUACGCCACCAAUCAAUUUGCUGUGGAUGUGAUCUUCAGUAACAGGAUGAAGCAGUAUGACUGCUUGACCAAUGAUUCCUCUCUUGCUGCUGCCAUUUUUGUGCCCUUUUAUGCCGGUUUCGAUAUCGCUAGGUACCUUUGGGGAUAUAACAUUUCGAGGAGGGAUGCUGCUUCUCUUGAUCUGGUGGACUGGCUCAUGAAGAGGCCAGAGUGGAAGAUCAUGCAAGGUCGGGAUCAUUUCCUGGUGGCCGGGAGGAUUACCUGGGAUUUCAGGAGGCUCUCUGAGGAAGAAGGUGAUUGGGGGAAUAAGCUUUUGUUCUUGCCUGCUGCAAAGAAUAUGUCGAUGCUUGUUGUCGAGUCGAGCCCUUGGAAUGCAAAUGAUUUCGGGAUUCCAUAUCCUACCUAUUUCCAUCCUGCUAAGGAUGCUGAUGUGUUUGCUUGGCAAGACCGGAUGAGGAAGUUGGAGAGGAAGUAUCUCUUCUCCUUUGCUGGGGCUCCACGUCCCGGCAACCCCAAGUCGAUCAGAGGCCAGAUUAUAGACCAGUGCAGGGGUUCUAAGGUGGGCAAGUUGUUGGAGUGUGAUUUUGGGGAGAGCAAGUGUCAUUCUCCGAGCAGCAUAAUGCAGAUGUUCCAAAGCUCCCAUUUUUGUCUGCAACCUCAGGGGGAUUCAUACACGAGAAGAUCUGCUUUCGAUUCCAUGUUGGCAGGGUGCAUUCCAGUUUUCUUCCAUCCUGGGUCAGCAUACACUCAAUACACAUGGCAUCUCCCAAAGAACUUCACUACGUAUUCUGUGUUCAUUCCAGAGGACGAUAUCCGAUUAAGGAAUGGUAGCAUUGAGGAACGGCUUAGCCAGAUUCCUCCCGAGCAGGUUCAGAUAAUGAGGGAGAAUGUUAUAAACCUCAUCCCCCAGCUCAUAUAUGCAGAUCCUCGAUCGAAGUUGGAGACCUUCAAAGACGCGUUUGAUGUUGCCGUGCAAGCUGUGAUUGACAAGGUGACGAGGUUGAGGAAGAACAUCAUCGUAGGGCGAACAGAGUACGACAAUUUCGUGGAGGAGAAUAGCUGGAAGUACGCCUUGCUGGAAGAAGGGCAACGGGAGGCCGGAUGGCAUGAAUGGGAUCCAUUCUUCUCGAAACCAAAGGGGGAAAGUGCUGGUGAUGGUUCUACUGGCUCAUCAGCUGAAGCCGCGAAAAAUUCGUGGAAGAACGAGCAAAGGGAUCAGAAAUGAUGUUGAAGGUUAGAGUAAAGAAUGAAUCAAUGAACGAUACCGAAAAAUGCAGAAGCUGGACUGGGUUCCCUAGACCCAAGCAAUGCAGCAAUGGUCCUUCCCCAGCCUUGCCUUCGGUUAGAAUAGCUUCAACUUUCUUGCAUCAGGUGAGACCUUGAAUAGGGUUACAAAAUGAGGCUGUAAGUGCUACAUAUGUGGUAAAAAAAUUUGCUUUCUUUAUCAAGUCAACAAGAAAGCACUAUACUUUGUGAUUCCGUAGGGAACUCUUUAUUUUACAGUUCCAGCGCUGGCUUUUUGGUUUUUGAUUACCUCGGCUAGUGAUUCUUUGUAAUUUUUUUGUUGUUGUUGUGGUGGGUGUAGCAAAGUGUCAUCUUUCUGUUUCUUCUCUGGUCCAUGUUAUGAUGUAACAAAUAAGGUAUUAGAUUACACUGUUUAAUGAAACAAUAUAUUUUGGAGCUUUUUUUUUUAUCACUGGAAAGUGUGUCCUCUAAACCUUCAACUGAAGCUUAUGAACCGUCACAUUUGCCAUAUUUAGCCAAACUGCAGAACAGCAGCUGUCUGGCAGCUCUGCAGAUUGCUUUUCGUGUCCUCUUACCACUCAUCUGUAUACCUACUUUCUGAUUCAGAGGGCUUAUCGAGUUCUUCUUUUCCUUUUUUGAAGUUCUUACUUUUUAGCUUCCCAUUCUUUGUGGAGUGGCUGGAAUUGAUGUCGCACUAGAAACGUUUCAUGUUUCAUAGUCUGGACGGCCAUAGCUAAGGAGUCGAUGCAGAGAUGGGACCUUUUCCGAAAUGCUUUUCUCCAAGCUAGCUAGUGACAGUCCGCUGUCGGAGCAGGGUCUGAUCUCUCUGGGAGUGAUGGAGCUGCUGUUACAAUUGUUAGACGCCAGGUGCGUUUACCAUGUGACAGCAAAUUUGGAUUGUGGUUUAUUCCUAUUCUUAUUUUGAAGGACAAGAUUUAGCUACAACCUGCGAAAGAGGAGUUCGAAGGACCCAAAACCACAUGUCAACUUGUGAUUCGUAUGUAUUUUUAUUAUUCUGUAUCAGAUAUAUGAAAAUACACUUACAAAAAUGAAAAUACUAUAUUGGCUUUAUAAUUUCUAAAUUUUAGAGUUAAUACGUUCGUUUGGUCCGAACUAUACACAAAUUUUUAAUUUUGGCUCGUGGUUUCUGAAAUUGCUAUCCAGACCUGAACUAUGAACCAUACUUUCUAACUUGGCCCGGAGCCGGGUUUGACCGUCAAUAAUAAUAAACGGAAAAAAAACCUUAACUAUGUACCAUACUUUCUAACUUUGAUGAUAAUAAACGCAAAAAAAAAAAACCCUCUAUUUAUCCCCUCCUCUCUCACCUCAAUCGGGGAAAAACCAAUUCCCAAACCCCCUUCUUCCCCCGAAACCCACAUCCAUCCUUCUUCCCCUUCUCCUCCGCCGCCAGCAACCCUCCUCGCCUCUCCUCCCACGCUUCCACCUCUCUCCGCUGCGCCGGAUUCUCUCUCGCCGUUCUCUAUCCUGCUCUCUGACUUUCACCCUUCUAGUAGCAAUUUUGGGGUUCUGACUUUCAAUUUCCUCCCACAUCCUCCCUCUCCCUUCAAAAUCAAUCGAUUCCUUCUGCUUACAAUUCAUGGAGCUCGGUGCUGGGAAAUCGGGGACCCGUAGAAUACGACAUUGAUAGCCACUAUACUAGCAGUGUCAUUUUGAGUUAUACUUGCCUCAGAACGGGGCAGUUAGAUGUACCGUGCAAACGAUUGACACAAUCGGCACGAGGGUAGUAGCAUACACACCAAAUGGGUUUAUAGAAUUAAGUAUAAGGUUGAAGUUACUGUGGAAUGUUUUAAAGCUCGUCUAAUAGAAAAAGGUUACAAACAAACUAAAGGUAUUGAUAAUCU